ACCCCCUUCCCCUCUCCUUUGGUUUAUUUUCCUGUGUGUGUGAACAACGAGGAUAUCUUAACUGGACAUGUGAGUUACGGGAGUUAACAACACCGAGCAGGCUUUUUUUUUUUUUUUUUUUUUUUUUUUUUGGUGGCAAAGAUGAAGUUCCCGGCUUGCGUCCUCGUCACUUUGGUGAUGAUCCGAUCGAGCGCAGCGCAGUCAGUUUGCCCCGGCACAGAGAACAAGCUGAGCACUCUGUCCGACCUGGACCAGCAGUACCGCACCCUGAAGAAGCUCUACGAGAACUGCGAGGUGGUCAUGGGGAAUUUGGAGAUUACGAGCAUCGAUCGGAACCGCAACCUCUCCUUCCUCAAGUCCAUCAGAGAGGUGACCGGCUACGUGUUGGUGGCGCUGAACCAGUUCGACCACCUGCCGCUGGAGAACCUCCGCAUCAUCCGGGGCACCAAGCUGUACGAGGGCCGGUACGCCCUGGCCAUCUUCCUCAACUACAGGCGAGACGGGUACUUCGGCCUGCGGCAGCUGGGCUUACGCAACCUCACAGAAAUUCUAAACGGGGGUGUUUAUGUUGACCAGAACAAAUUCCUGUGCCACGCCGACACCAUCCACUGGCGUGACAUUAUCAAGAACCCUCAGGCCGAGCUGCUGGUGGUGCCGUCCAACAACAGCAACCUCGGAUGCAGACGCUGCCAUCGCUCGUGCAACGGACGCUGCUGGGGCCACCAGGAAGACCAGUGUCAAACCUUGACAAAAACGGUGUGUGCAGAGCAGUGUGACGGUCGAUGCUUCGGGCCUUACGUCAGUGACUGCUGCCAUCGCGAAUGUGCCGGCGGCUGCUCGGGCCCCAAGGACACGGACUGCUUUGCUUGCACCAAUUUCAACGACAGCGGAGCGUGCGUGACCCAGUGCCCUCAGCCGUUCGUCUACAACCCGACGUCCUUCCAGCUGGAGCACAACCCCAGAGCCAAGUACACCUACGGAGCCUUCUGCGUCAAGAAGUGUCCACAUAACUUCGUGGUGGACCACAGCUCCUGUGUCAGAGCGUGUCCCAGCAACAAGAUGGAAGUGGAGGAGAACCGAAUCAAAAUGUGCAUCCCUUGUACCGACAUCUGCCCUAAAGUGUGCGACGGCAUCGGGACGGGGAGCCUGCAGACGGCGCAAACGGUGGACGCCAGCAACAUCGAGAAGUUCGUCAACUGCACCAAGAUCAACGGCAACCUCAUCUUCCUCAUCACUGGCAUUAAAGGGGACAUGUAUCACGGCAUCGGACCCUUGGACCCCGAGCGCCUCAACGUUUUCCGCACCGUGAAGGAGAUCACAGGUUACCUCAACAUCCAGUCUUGGCCUGAGAACAUGACCGAUCUGAGCGUUUUCUCCAGCCUGGCAACCAUCGGAGGCAGAUCUCUGUACAGCGGCAUCUCCCUCCUGAUCCUGAAGCAGCGUUGGAUCUCCUCUCUGCAGUUUCAGUCGUUGGACGAGAUCAGCGCCGGAAACGUCUACAUCUUCAACAACAGCCGCCUGUGCUUCUACAACACCGUCAACUGGACGUCGCUCUUCAGGACGCCGAGCCAAAAAGUCCUCAUCCGCAACAACCGAGAUCCAAGGGAAUGCACCCAGCAGCGAAUGAUCUGCGAUCGGAUGUGCUCGGACGACGGCUGCUGGGGCCCGGGGCCCGACCAGUGCCUCUCCUGUCGGUUCUUCAGACGAGGCCGCACCUGCGUCGAGUCCUGCAACCUCUUUGACGGGGAGGUGCGCGAAUUCGCCAACGGCUCCGUGUGCCUGGAGUGCGAUAGCCAGUGCGAGAAGAUGGAUGGAAACACGAUGACAUGUCUCGGCCAGGGCCCGGACCAGUGCGUGAAAUGCCUCCACUUCAAAGAUGGACCCAACUGCGUGGAGAAGUGCCCCGACGGGUUGCAGGGAGCCAACAGUUUCAUCUUCAAAUACGCCAAGGCCAACAACGAGUGUCAUCCCUGCCACGCCAAUUGCACCCAAGGGUGCGUCGGGCCAAGACUCCAAGAUUGUGUCGGGAUGAUGGACAGGACACCCCUAAUAGCAGCUGGCAUUAUCGGCGGCCUAUUCAUCAUCGUCAUCCUGGCUCUCAGCGUGGCCGUCUACGUGCGACGCAAGAGCAUCAAGAAGAAGAGGGCCUUGAGGCGCUUCCUGGAGACGGAGCUGGUGGAACCCUUGACCCCCAGCGGAACGGCCCCUAACCAGGCUCAGCUGCGGAUCCUGAAAGAGACGGAGCUGAAGAGGGUCAAGAUUUUGGGUUCGGGGGCUUUCGGAACGGUCUACAAGGGCAUCUGGGUCCCGGAAGGUGAGACGGUGAAGAUCCCCGUGGCUAUUAAAAUCCUCAACGAGGCCACCGGUCCCAAAGCCAACGUGGAGUUCAUGGACGAGGCCCUGAUCAUGGCCAGCAUGGAGCACCCCCACCUGGUGCGCCUGCUGGGCGUCUGCCUGAGCCCCACCAUCCAGCUGGUCACCCAGCUCAUGCCCCACGGCUGCCUCCUCGACUACGUGCACGAGCACAAGGACAACAUCGGAUCGCAGCUGCUGCUCAACUGGUGUGUCCAGAUCGCCAAGGGGAUGAUGUACCUGGAGGAGAGGAGGCUGGUCCACAGGGACCUGGCGGCUCGGAACGUGCUGGUGAAGUCGCCCAAUCACAUCAAGAUCACCGACUUCGGCCUGGCGCGACUGCUGGACGCCGACGAGAAGGAGUACAACGCGGACGGGGGCAAGAUGCCCAUUAAAUGGAUGGCUCUGGAGUGCAUCCACUACAGGAAGUUCACCCACCAGAGUGACGUGUGGAGCUACGGAGUGACCAUCUGGGAGCUGAUGACAUUCGGAGGCAAACCCUACGACGGCAUCCCCACGAGGGAGAUCCCAGACAUCCUGGAGAAAGGGGAGCGCCUGCCCCAGCCGCCCAUCUGCACCAUCGACGUCUACAUGGUCAUGGUCAAAUGCUGGAUGAUUGAUGCCGACAGCAGGCCAAAGUUCAAGGAGCUGGCUGCUGAGUUCUGCAGAAUGGCCCGCGACCCCCAGCGAUACCUGGUCAUUCAGGGAGAUGACCGUAUGAAGCUUCCCAGCCCCAAUGACAGCAAGUUCUUCCAGAGCCUGCUGGACGAAGAGGACCUCGACGACUUGAUGGAUGCCGAGGAGUAUCUGGUGCCUCGAGGCUUCAACAUGGCCACCCAGUCGUGCACCGCCAGGCCUCGGGUCGACUCCAACAGAAACCAGUUUGGCUAUCGAGAUGGUGGUCCAAACCUUGCAGAAGGAUCCUUGGCGGGCGCCCAAGCCUGCAUGAACCAGGAAGCCACAGGCGGCCCGGGUCCGGCCCUGGAGGACCAGCGCUGCAACGGAAGCCUUCACAAGAAGAGCCUGAGCCAAGCUGGAGGGGAAGACAGCGGGGGCCAGAGGUACAGCGCUGACCCCACCAUCUUCCUGGGGGAGCGGGCGUCCAGAGGGGACACCGACGAGGACGGAUACAUGACACCCAUGAAGGACAAGAGCUCCUCAGAAUAUCUGAAUCCCAUCGAGGAGAACCCGUUUGUCUCACGACGCAAGAAUGGUGAGAUCCACGCCUUGGACAACCCAGGCUACCACAGCACACCCAACAGUCAGCCCAAAGGAGAGGACGAGUACAUCAACGAGCCCCUCUACCUCAACACCUUCCACAGCCCUGCCGAGCUGGGCCUGGAAGCCCUGAGGAGAAAUGGUCUGCCCUUACCCACCCAGCUGAAGGUGACCUUUGACAAUCCAGAAUACUGGCAGCACAGCUUGCCUCCCAAAUCAUCGAAUCAGGGGGCCCCCGAUGGCGCCCAAGGAGGUUCCACCAACCCCAAGCUCUUCUAUAAGCAGAACGGACACAUACGGCCGGCAGUAGCUGAAAACCCUGAAUACAUGUCUGAAUUUUCCCUGAAAUCCGGCACCGUCUUGCCGCCUCCCCCUUACCGGCAGCGAAACACUGUGGUCUAGAACGUUCCACUCGAGAAAUGUUCCACCAAUCCUACUCGAGCCUCCAACCAGCCCCACAUCCUCUCUGGUUCCACCGUCCCACGCCGAGGGAAGCGGCCACAACCGAAGCCGCCUCCAGCUCUUUUUCAAACAACGUGCCAUCUGCUGUAGACGUGUAGCAACAUCCAAAGGAGGUGGACCGAACCAAGCAGAACCUACUCAGACUCCCGCACCUUCACUAUAUCCAGUCCAGUCCAUUUCUGUUCUGUAGAUAGAGACUGUGCUCCAAGGCGUUGAUCACGUGGAGGUUAUGGUAGAUAUUGGCAAAUAACGGACAAGAGCAGUGGACGCACUGUAUCGCGUUAACCAAGGCACACACGCAACUCUCGAAACACAAUGGAUUCAACUUCGGGGACCUGAACUCACUGCCAGCCACUUCGGUGUGAGAUGUGUGAGAGGAACAAGAUGUUCUUUUAAUUAUUUUUUGUUUUCCAGGACAGAGGUCUGAACAAUAUUCUGCUAAGGGUUUCAGGAAUAAGCAAACAGACAGACAGAACAAACACAGUCUGUUAGAUGUCAAGAUGUCUGGUUUUGUGAAUGACCCGAGAGUGAGGCGAAAAAAAAGCAAAACACGGAGGGAAAAAGACUGAGUUGAGUCAGCGAGGUGAGCAACUUAAAAGACGGAGCACUCAUCAAUCAUAUUCAGUGUUUUUGCCUAUAGGAUUAUACCGUGUGUUCUCGACUUUUCCAUCCAAUAUGUGAAACUCAUCUCAUCCUUAUACUGUAACUGUGAUACUGUGAUGGCCAAAACUACGGUGAUCUCUCGUUUCACGUUUGUAGUUCGACCAUGGACUUUUUAACUUGCCUGAAAAAUAUGCAGGGCAACUGCUGUUUUAUUGUUUUCGCUCGACUGCUGUCUGCUUGGAGAAGCUGAUCAAAAGCAGCCUGUCCAAGCCAAAGGGUAUAAGGGAAAAACACUGUAAACAUUUUUAUGAGCGCUGGUUGCAGUGAAAAGAUAGAUUUUUUAUACACUGGUUUUCCCAUUCAGAUCAUGAAGCUAACUCAAAUGGGUAAAGAAUGACUUGCAAUGAGAGCGAGAAUGUAGUUGUGGAAUUUGCUGAAUGCUGCUAUAAAAAAAAAAGAAGUGCGAUAAGAUCAUCCAUGAAGCAGCUCAAAAUGGUGAUUACAGAGACGGAGAGGGGGUAAAGAAAAAAAAAUAUCGAGAGAGAGCGGAGCAAAAGUUCAUACAAGCCGACUAAUGAAGACCUCAAGGAAUGAACAAGACAGCACCAGCAGAGCACAGUAAAACAGACUACUUUUUAUGUGUGUCUGUCAGUGUGAUUGGGAUCAGUGUGUGUGUGUGUGUGUGUGUGUGUGUGUGUGUUCACAUUUUAGCCAGCCAGCUUGACCCCGGAGGGAUGUCUUCACAUCAGUGUUAAUGGAGUCGACCCUUCAGCAGCACCUCCGCUAACCAACCCUUCAUUCAAAUGAGGCUUUGACCAUGUGAUUGCACUGACACCCCCUUUCUUGCCCAGGCGGUUUUAUGGCUGGUUUGGAGCUGGCACCAGUGUGGCGCUGGUACUUUGCUGGUCGAAAACCAACAAUGACCAACUUUAGGGGCUGGGGUUAUCGUACCGACAAGACCGACCGCCAUAUUGGGAAAAAAAUUCCAGAAGUUGUCUGUAGGUAGGGCUGCAAUGAACAAUUAUUUUCAUUGUUGGUUAAUGUGUCGAUUGAUCGAUUAGUUGUUUGCUGAAUAAAAUAUGAGGAACAUUGGGUAAAAAUGUCAA